AUGUCAAACUAGCAAGCAAAUUACCAAGUAUUCAAUCUUGGACAAACUUCAUCAAAUAAAAGCAAUCUCAAAAGUGAUGAUUUCCCAGCUUUAGGCGGAGGGGCAAGCGCAAAUAUACAAGUUCAAGCACAAUAGACUAUGCAGAUGUAGGGACAAAAUCAAUUCAAUGGGUAGUAACAAAUGCAAUACUAAGAUCCUACUCAAAUGUAUGGUGGAGGAUUUUAACAAUAGCAAUUUGCGCAGUAGUAGUAAUAAUACAUGCCAAACUAGAUGUUCAUGUAACAACCAAUGUUUGAUCAAUUUGGAAAUCCUGUAAUGUAGAUGUUUGACUAAUAACAACAACAAUUCAUGAUGGGAAAUACUGGCGGUAUGAACUGGGGUAUGCCACAGCAAUAAUAAUACAUUGGUGGAGUCAAUCAAACUCAAUCACUAAAUGCUUAAUUCUAAGGACUUGGUCUAGCAAAUGACACAAAUCUUCUUGCAGGACAACAAAUUGGACUAGGUUAAACAUAAAGUGUUCCACUUACUACUAGCACUUUCCCCACACUUGGAGCAACUACUUCAAAUACAACUGUGCAGUCAAACACUACAUAGACAUCUUUUAAGCUUGAAGCAACUGAAUUCGUUCCAAAGAAGAAAAUAGUAAAAACUGUGGAACAAUUCCCUACUCUUGAUAUGGCUGCAACUAAAGAACCAGUGAAAAAGAAGGUUGUUACAACUGGAGGAGAUUAACCAACAAAGUAAGCUUCAAAUAGCAGUGAUCCCACACAUGGUAAAUCAAAGGAAUUUUUCUUAAUUUACCCAGACAAUCCUUAAAUGCCUGCAGAUCCAUUCUUGAAUCCUUUGAUGCCUAAUGAGGAUCAAAUGGUUUUCAUUUUCACAUAUUAUCCUGAAUAUUCUACUAACCCUGCUGAUUUGAUCAUUUGGCUUUAUCAAACAGCUCAAUUCAACGAGGAAUAAGCAAGACUAUCAAAAAUUCAACAAGAUACUGAAGGAGCAUAUAAGAUAAAGCCAAAGAUUGGAUCUAGACUUGCUAAAGGAAAUAGGAGAAAACAAUACGAUGAUGAAGAAGAGGAAGAAGACGUUGUUUAUGGGGCUAAGAAUUUAUUAAAGAAACCUAAACCUCAACCUGCUCCACCUAAGGAAUUAAGUUAAGAGUAACUCGAGAAAAUGAAGAUUAAGAAUGAACAGAAAAAGGCAGAUAAACUUAAGUUAAUAAGAGAAAAGGAAGCUAGAAGCAUCAACAGUAAAGUUCGUAAUGUAGCUGAAGAUCAAAUUGUUGAGGUAGAUGAGACUAGACAACCAGCAAGUUUAGUAUGUAUUGGUCAUGUCGAUGCAGGUAAAUCUACUAUUAGUGGAAAUUUAAUGUUCAUAAUGGGUGCUGUCGAUCAAAGAACUAUCUAGAAAUAUAAAGAAGAAGCAAAGGAAAAUAACAGAGAAUCUUGGUGGUUAGCCUAUGUUAUGGAUGUAAACGAGGAAGAAAAAGCUAAGGGAAAAACUGUCGAAAUAGGUAGAGCUAAUAUAGAAACUCCAAAGAAGAGAUGGACUAUUUUCGAUGCUCCAGGCCAUAAAAACUACGUGCCAAAUAUGAUUAUGGGUGCAGCAUUAGCUGACUUUGGUUGUUUAGUUAUCUCAGCCAAAAAGGGAGAAUUCGAAUCUGGUUUUGAUAUGGAUGGUCAAACUAGAGAACAUAUUUAACUCGCUAAGAGUUUAGGUAUUUAUAAACUUGUUGUCGCUGUGAACAAGAUGGAUGAGCCUAGUGUUAAGUGGAGCAAGGAUAGAUAUACAGAUAUUUUAACUUCUCUAAAGCCAUUCAUUAAGGGAUGCGGAUAUGAUCCAGAAACAGAUUGCAUCUAUGUACCUCUUUCUGGUCUUAAUGGAGACAACAUUAAAGAAUAAGUAAGCAAAACUGUUUGCAACUGGUAUAAUGGUCCUACUCUUCUUGAAAUUCUUGAUGAUCUUGAAUUACCACCAAGAAAUCCAGAUGGUCCAUUGAGAAUUCCUAUUCUUGAUAAAAUGAGAGAUAGAGGCACAGUUAUCUUUGGAAAGGUUGAGUCAGGUACUGUAAAAGUUGGAGAUCAACUUAAUGUAAUGCCAUAAAAUCUUCUUUGUCAAGUAGCCACUGUUUACAACAGUAAAGGUGAGGCUGUUAAGUAUGCUAAGCCAGGUGAAAAUGUUCAACUCAGACUGCUUAACAUCAAUGACGAAAAUUUGGUAAACAAAGGAGAUGUGCUUUGUAAGAUUGAUGAAUAAAUUCCAAUCACUGAUUUAUUCGAAGCUGAAAUAGAUGUUCUUGAACUCUUAAAAUAUAAACCAAUUCUCUCCAAAGGCUAUCAAUGUAUUUUACAUAUCCAUACAGUUGCUGAGGAAGCAACUAUUAAGGAGAUCCUUGUGUCUUAUGAAAAAAACGAUAAAGGAGAAAUCAUUGAGAAAUAAAAACCAUAAUUUACACAGAGCUUCAGUAGAAUUAUCUGCAGAGUUCAAGUCAGAAUUCCAAUUCCACUUGAAAAGCACGAUUUCCUGGAAUAGAUGGGAAGAUUCACCUUGAGAGAUGAGGGUAAAACUAUUGCAGUUGGUAAAGUACUAAAAUACAAGCCAGUCAAAGUUUUUGGAACUGCUAACAACCAAGGUAGCGACAAUGCUAACUCAGCUUAAAAUGUAUAAAAGGAAGAUGGCAAAGUUGAUGGAAAUGCAGAGUCACAAAUUAAUACUAAAACUAAAUAAGACGCCAACAAAGCUAAAGAAGAAUUAGUCUAUGAUCUUGAUUCAGGUGAAAUGGUUACCAGAGAAGAAUUCAAUCGCAGAAAUCAGGAGAGACAAGAAAAGGAAAUGGAAGGAAUCGAUGAAAAUGAGGAUGAAGACGAUGAAGAAGAUGAUGAUGAGGAAGAUGGAAAAUAAUGA